UACCCAUUGGUCAGUCCCCAAAGAUACGCAGGUGAGUGACUGAAGGUUGCAGCAGUUCCUUUUCCGCUCCCAGCCAACUCGCUUAUGGUGGCCAAGUUCAAGUAUCGAACAUUUCAGAAAUGGAUUCAGGUCAAUACGGUCACCAAAAAGAUUCGUACUUUUGAACGAUACAACACUAGCUGUUCGAAACUGCGAGUAGUACUGCAAUACCCCACUCCGCCUAUAGAGCUCCCCUCCCCUGGUGCUCUGUUUACCUCUCAACCGCGCGCUGCUCCACAGUGGCCGGCUGGACACGCACCGCCGCCCCGCAGCCUCGCCUCUCCUCGCUUUGCCUUCCCCGGUGCGGUCCCUACGGGUGUAAAAACUGCACCCUCGUGGAAUUGGCGACGCUGUGACCAUAGUUGAGAUGAAUAAGGAAGUGAUGUCUCGUGUGGAGAAAAAGAGGUUGGCGGAUCCCAAAGUGGUCCAGUACGUGUGGGCUGCAAUCGAGGUUAUCCGCAACCAGAAGCAAAUUGCCAACAUGGACCGUAUCUCCAAGUACCUGAGCCGCGUUUUCGGCAUGCAUCCAAAGGAGACAGCCCGACAGCUGAGCCUAGCUGUGAAGGACGGCCUGGUGGUGGAGACACUCACGGUGGGCUGUAAGGGGUCCAAGGCGGGCAUCGAGCAGGAAGGGUACUGGCUACCUGGAGACGAGAUGGAGCCUCAAGGGGAGGGAAGCAAGGAGGGGGAGCUGGGUGACGCCAACAUGUGCUCUCCCGCAUGUCCUCCUCAGGAGUGGGAGGCCGAGAGCCACGACUGGUACUGUUUCCAGUGCCAUCUGCCGGGCGACGUGCUGCCCUGUGACAACUGUUUCCGCGUCUUCCACCUCAAGUGUCUGUCGGAAGAGGGCCGUCCCCGAGAUGCCGGCUCUCACUGGCAGUGCGUUUUCUGCAGGGGGAGUAAAAAGAAGAACCUGAGCAAACAGGAGAUGUGCAAAUAUUUGCGCUUCAUUGUCCAGCGGAUGAAGGAGAGGGCGGUGGACCUGAACAAAAAAAGCAAAGACACCAAGCAUCCUAUGUACAGACGACUUAUCCACACUGCGCUUGACAUCUCCAACAUCCAGGAGAAUCUCACUGAGGGAAAGUACAAGAACUUUGAGGACUUCAAAGCUGACGCCCAGCUUAUUGUUCACAACACGGCUAUCUUGUAUGGAGGUGGGUCUCUUUUAGUUCACAGUGACCAGGCAGAGAUUGCUCGCCUCCUCUUCAGUGACACCUGUCAUGAGCUGAAUGAAUUGUUGCUGUGCAAGAACUGUUUCUACCUUUCCAACGCGCGUCCUGACAACUGGUUCUGUUACCCUUGUAGUCCAAGUCACGACCUAGUGUGGGCCAAGAUGAAAGGUUUUGGCUACUGGCCAGCAAAAGUGCUGCAGAAAGAAGACAACCAGGUGGACGUGCGGUUCUUCGGCCACCAACAUCAAAGGGCGUGGAUUCCCUCAGACAACAUCCAGGACAUCAAGGUGAGCGUGCAGCAGUUACAGGUGAAGCGCAGUAACGGCUGGAAGAAAGCCUGCGACGAACUGGAAGUCUACCAGCGUUUCCUUAAGGAGGGAAGAUUAUGGAAAACAAAGCUUGAGGAAGGAGGCUGUGAUGAAGGAGGUGGAGGCGGCGGUGGACAGAGUCAGAGCCCGAGGAAGUCACAGAAAGACGGCAACCAGCAGAUGGAUAGGACGCCGAGGACGGUGAAGACUGAAAAGACGCAGAUCCCGGACCUGUUGGAGAGAAUGCAGGGAUCAAAGAGGACUGAGAGAGCGGACAGGAGUGAAGAAGCUGAGUCGAGCAUCUCAUCCACCAGCAAUGAGCAAGUCCGACUGAUGAAAGGCAGCCACGAGCCAAAAGCCAAGAAAAGCCGGCGGACUCAAGUGGAGCCCAAAGAAGAAGCCAGUGACCCCGAGCCCGAGAUGGAGGCAGUGAGCUCAAGCCAAGAGAUCCCGGUGUCAUCUGCCCCGCCACCACCCGAGAAGCAGUCUGUGUCAACACAGACCAAGAAGGCGAAUGGUGGUUCACCUCGCACCCUCCACCGUGGGACACAAACCACCUCAGACGGCUCCGCUUGUCAGAACAUGUGUCACGAGAAGUACACUAAGGUCUUCAAUGAUGUCAAGGAGAUGAUGAAAGCCGACAACAAACGCGAGACGGAGCGCGUGGUCCGAGAAGCUCUAGAGAAGCUACGUGGCGAGAUGGAGGAGGAGAAGCAUGAGGCGGUGAGCAAGGCAGUUGGCGGUGCUCAGGCAGAGAUGGACAGGAAGUGCAAGCAGGUGAAGGACAAGUGCAAAGAAGAGCUGGUGGAGGAGGUCAAGAAGCUGGUGGCACAACACAAACAACUAAUCUCGCAGACCAAGAAGAAACAGUGGUGUUACAACUGUGAGGAGGAGGCCAUGUACCACUGCUGCUGGAACACAUCAUACUGCUCCAUCAAGUGUCAACAGGAGCACUGGCACGCCGACCACAAGCGCACCUGCCGCAGGAAGAGAUGAACCGGACGCACCCUUCCCCCAAGAUCCAGGGACCCACCCCUCUCCCCCUCACACGCCAUUGGCUCUCAGCCCUUCCUCGAACUUCUGUCAUCAGUCAGUCUGCAACACACACACACACAUCUUGCCUUCCUUUGCAGGUCUGACAUUUUUCAAAUUUUUUUUUUAAUUUUUUAUUAUUUAACGCUUUUUAUUUAGUGGCCGUGAUUUGUCUUUGUUUCUUGUCACAAAAUGUUAUUUAAGUGUGUGCGGUAUUCACGAGCAUAUAAUCUUUCUUUUUUUUUUUUUUAAACAUGGCACACAUGACGUUGUUUUCAUUGAGAGAAAAGACAUGGUGGUUGAAAAGACAACUAGUGGACAAGAGGCUGGCAGACACCUUUUAAGCAAUCAACCCUUCCUACCUAAACCCCCCCCUCCCCCCUCCUUCCCCCUACCACCCAAAAAAAAAAUUACUUAUUGGGUACAGGGUCGCAGCAUCAAUGCUGACUUAACAAAUCUUCCCUUGUUUUGAAUUAUUCUGCACAGUUGAGUUUUAAAAUUUGCUGUUCAACACUAAAUUGAGUCAUAAAUGUAUAUUUUUUAAUUGUAACACGGCUAGGAUUUGUACAAAAGAAACAAGUAUUGCCAAGUGUCAUGCAUUUUGGCCACGGUUUGAAUUAAAGAAACAUCAAGGAUGGAAUAAAAAAAAUGUUAAUGGAAGAUGGACGAUAUCAAAUAUUAUGCAAAUGAGAUUGUUUUUCUCUCUGUGAUGAAGACGGACUGAGCGGAUUGAAAAUAUAUAUUUUUUUUCUUUUGUUAUAGUUUUAUUUGUAUUCAUAUGGAACAUUUGUUAGCCUAAAUUCUCAAAUACACAAUCCCUUCUUGCCGGCUGCUGCACUACAUGUAAAAAAUGUGUUCUCACACCCCGCGUCAUGUACGAUGUAUUUAACAACCUCGAUGACCUUUUAUCAUCAUGGUGAGUGCACAAGGUGCUUCUCCUCUUUUUCUUCCUCUUGCUUUUAACUUUUCUCUUGCUGGCGUUCCCAAACCUUGGGGGUACCAGGACCCACGAAAGUCCACGAGCAAUCAAUGAUGUUGGAUCAUUUGCAUACUAAAGCAAUGACUACUUCCUUAUUAACGGUGAAGAAAAUAAGUCUUUGAGUACCCUUCUAUAGUGCAAGUUCUCCCACUUGGAAAUCAUGGAGGGGUCUGAAAUUUUCAUCGAAUUUGCAUGUCCACUGUGAGAGAGAUAAUCUCAAAAGAAAAAUCCAGAAAUCACAAUUAAUGAUUUUUUUUAACGAUUUUAUUUGUGUGAUACAGCUCCAAAUAAGUAUUUGAAUACCUUUAGAAAACCAAUGUUAAUAUUGGGUACAGUAGCCUUUGUUUGCAAUUGCAGAGGUCAAACGUUUCCUGUAGUUGUUCACCAGGUUUGCACACCCUGCAGGAGGGAUUUUGGCCCACUCCUCCACACAGAUCUUCUCUAGAUCAAACAGGUUUCUGGGCUGUCGCUGAGAAACAUGGGGUUUCAGCUCCUUCCAAAGAUUUGGUGUUCAAAUACUCAUUUGCAGGUGUAUCACACAAAUAAAUGGUUAAAAAGUCACGCAUUGUGAUUUCUGGAUUAUCACUCUCACAGUGGACAUGCACCUAUUUUGAAAAUUUCAGACCCCUUCCAUGAUUGCGAAGUGGGAGAACUUGCAAUAUAGCAGGGUGUUCAAAUACUUAUUUUCUUCACUGUAUAUUUCGGCCAUUUUAAAGCUGUGAUGUGGCUAUGAUGUAUUAUCACAGAAAUUGGGCAUCAUUCCAAUUAAGAUGGGGGACCUAUAAGAGCAAAAUACAUUAUUACAAGAAGUCCUCUCUUUGAAAUUAAUUUGUUAAAGUAGGACCCCCCCCCCUUAAGCUUUGACUGUAAUCACUGUCAAUAAUUUUACCAGAAUAAAGUAUACUUUCUUCUCUCGUUCAACUUUGAUAUUAAUUCUGAAUAGAGAUGGGUAGGUAUGUGUUCAGGUGGUUUGAUAACUGGGAGCCAAAAUAUUGCGGUGUCACGGAAUUGAAAAAAAACAUCUUAUACCACCAAUGGAACAUUUGAUCUGUUUUCAAACUAUUUUUUUUUUUUAAAACCUGCAGUAUGCCUAAAAAAAUUCAAACUGCCCAUGCUUAAUUACGGCUUACUUUAUUGUCAUAAGAUUACACAUUUUUUAAAAAGAAUUUAUCAUAACAUUACUUUUUCUUUUUUUGCUACUAUAUACUAUAUUGUAGAGAGUAAGGCAUACCUCUCGAAUUAAAACCGGAAUAUAACCACAUUGAUGUUAAUUUAUUUUCUGUACUGUUUAUCCUCAGUCGCCAGCCACUUGCAGGGCAAAUACUAAACAAACAAUCAUUCGCACUCACAUUCACGCCUGCGUCGACAAUUUAGUGUUCUCAAUUAAGCUACCAUACAUGUAUUUUGAAUGUGUGUGGAAAAUGGUGUACCUAAAGAAAACCCACACAGACACGGGAAGAACAUGCAAACUCUCCACACAUGCAAGGCUGGAUUUGAACCCGGAUCUUCACAACUGUGAGGAAGAUGUUCAAACCAGUCUGGCACUGUGGAGCACAGAUUAAAAUUUGAUUUUUGAAAAUCAUUUGAUUGUGUUGGUGUUUUGGGGGUUUAAUUGAGUCACUCAGAACAAAAAUGGGUGAACUCCUUUUUUCCCACUUAUAAGUGCAUAAAUAAUUUCCAUAUUCAUCAGAUGAACUCUCAUCCAAAUCAAGGUCACGUUCCAUUAUAUACAAGAAAUUAUGUUGUUUGUGUGUUUGUGUACGCACACGCACGCACACAUCCAUUCUCUGAGCUGCUUAUCCUCACAAGCGUCCUGGAGCCCAUCCUCGCGCUCUUUAGGCCAUUUAGGCUGGCAAUUUAGAGUAUCCAAUUAAUGCAUGUUUUUGGGAUGUGGAAGGAAUAUGAAUUUUAUACACAGAGUCCUUGCGCUGCAACAGAGUUCCGUUCCUAUACUGGUGAUGUAACUCAAAUUUCAUUGUCAGUGGAAUUCCACCAUUAAAGUCAGAAUUUACAUAAAAAUGGUUUGUAUGAAAAAACAAGUGCAUUGAAAUAAAAAAAUUAGAUGCUCUACUUACUAUUCCUGCUGAGAAGUGGACGGAGAAGAAGAAGAGGAGGCCCUGAGAGCUUUUGGUGAGGUAGCAUGUGCAGUUUGUACUGUCCUCUCCACCUCGAAGUAUUUCCUAGUGUCUGUCUGGUAGGAAAGCCCAAAUCUCACAGUAGCACCGUACACUGUCCAUCACUCCCCUUGAAACUUUUGAAAAUCGUUCCACAUUGGAAUCCUGUGUCUCAAAUUGUGCCAUGGCAUGUUCCAGCAGUGAAGAAGGAUCAGCUAUGCCCUUGGUUGUGGAUUUCCUUUCUUCAGUGGAUUCUGGAGAUUCGUCUUCUGGCAUCAUCUGCUUAUCCAAUUCAAUCAGGUUCUUUGGUCAUAGCUCUUCUUCUUGGGAAUCCACAAGUUCUGUGAUGUCGUCUUGGUCCAGUUCCAACCAUUGACUGAUUUUAACAACUGUAUCUUAUCACCGACUCAUGAGUCUCCUCAAAGCGGGGGGGGGAGUUGCUCAAUAAUUGGGGACACACGUUCUUCUAUUGAACAUUUUUUUAUUACCUGUUUGCGAGACCGAUUUGAUCAUAAGAUUGAGCAAUCCGUCUAUUUAAAUGACCUGUUCAUUUACUGUAUAUACUUGUGUACUUAAUUGCUAAAAAAAUCUUUUACAAUAAAUAAAUCUUUGUUACUCUAUUUAUGGCAGUGAGGCAUAUUGACAGAAUGAACAAAUGAUUUCAUAUUAAGAUGCAGAAAUGAUCCAUGGCUUCAUAAAGGUUGGCUCUAGUUAGGUCAUAUAUUCAGUCAGGUCAAAUCAGCAUUACAGCGUGACAGGGACGAUGGGUGCUGAGUUAUUGUAAUAAUAAAUUACUUCACUCACACUGAAACUUUAGAGCAGGGAUCGGGAACCUAUGGCUCGCGAGCCAUACCUGGCUCUUUUGGUGGUUGCAUAUGGCCUGCGGAGCCCUCAUAACGACAUACUGUGCAUGUGAUUUCUGUCAUGCGGGCAACGCAAAUGACACAGAGAAGGUUUGUCCUAGUGGGGUUCCUGUGGUUUGUUGUGGCAAGCAAUGCAAAUGACGCAGAGACAGUUUGUCCUCAGGUUGCUGUAGUUUAGUGUGGCUGUCGAUGUCCAAAAGUGCAGGGCCGAACGCCGAUUGUGUUAAAACAACAAAUUAUGGAAAAGCUUUUGACAAAGGUUGCUCAAAGAAAAAAAAAUGAGUACCAAAGUUUUCAACAAGAAUGGACAGCCUUUGUGGAGAAGGAGGCUUCUGCUGUGUCUAAAUUCACAGAUGGAGCGUAUCCCAAAGCAUUUGUCCUCAUUGUUGCCAAUAAACAUUUUGACAGCUUCGCAUAAAGACAAGAUAAUCAAAUGAAUAAAAGAUAUGCCUUUGUCGGCAAGAACCGUUCAUCAUCGCACCAUCAUGAUGGCAAAUCAAAGUGAAUUACGUUCAUGAUGGACGGAUGCAACUCUCAACGCGUGUAUUAAGCAACACAAGUCGCAUUAAUUGUAAAGUAAAAGUACUUUUGUCAUCAUUGGUUAGCGGCAUUAUAACAAUGUUAUUUAAAAGAAUUCAGUGACUUAUUGUAAUGAAAUUAUGACAGAUGAGACCGCUUCCCGUGCAUCUUUUAUCCAUUCUCUUAUUUGCAGCGGUUCAGGUUUUCUUACAUUGUCACUUGCAGGGAAUGUAUUUGUCCCUGAAGUUAUCCACUCAUUCCAUUUCUUCCGGAUGCGCUUUUUUAAAGGGCGAUUGCACGAUACAUCUGUUACCUGCAACUGUGCAGUCACGGCACCAGGGAUGAUCACCAAGUCAGUUUUUUUUUCAUUUGGGAUUUGUUUAAUAGCUGGCAAGUGAUGGAUGGCAUUUAAAGGCAUCCAGCACCAGCAUUUUGCGACAGAGUUGCUUGUGGUUACACCAGACUGACCUAAUCCAGUCCUUCGUGAGGGCCUCAUCCAUCCAUCCAUCCAUCCAUCCGGGUGGCAUCUCACUAUGUUGUUUUUUUGGCCACUCGCAGUUCUUGGGAAGAGUUUUUCGUCUUAGUAUGAUGUAUGGCUCCAUCUUAGUCCCAUCGCCAGAUGCUCCCAGCAUUACAGUAAAGUGUCUUUUUUCGUUCCCAGUCGACUUUAUCCUCACUGUUUUUCCACCUUUUUGAUCAAUUGUAUGAGUGCCUCGCAAAUGGAAAGUGAGGGCUGUUUGAUCAGCAUUUGCUAUGCACCCAAUUUCAUACUCAAGCUGCUUGCUCAGGCGUAUGAUGAACUACUGGUAUUUUGUCAUUUUAUCCCCGUCGGCUACAAAACGUGAAAUUGUUGUUCUGUGGCUAACAGGGAGGUUGUGCCUCCUCAUAAAUGAGUAGCACCAGUUCGCAGAUGCCCUGAAGUCUUGGUUCUCUUUAGUCCUUAUUCUUUUCAGCAUUUCGAGGCAAAGCUCCACGGUGCUAAUCCUCUUGCUCUCCUUUCAGCUACAAUCUUAAGCAGCUCUUCCUCCAUCUCUAGGAACUGUGCAACUUUCCCGCAUCCAAAACCUCUUCCAUGUUUUUUUUUUUUUUUUUUUUUUUUUGAUGGAAUAUUUUGUCCUUCGUCUUUCUCCACAAACUUACGUUCAAUUCAGCCGCGCUGUUUCGCGGUUGCCCACUUUUUCGGCAGCAGCGAUGACUUUUGUUUUAAAAGCCACACAGUGUAACUCGCCAUUUUAGUUUUUUUUGUCUUAGUUUAAGUUAAAAUCACAGCCAUCUGUUUUAGUCUGUUUGGUGCAGUCGCAAUAUGCUACAUAACCGAUUGGAAAUUGGGAAACUCCGGCGAGCAGGUCAGGGAGCCCAGGUUGGCGGCACACGUUACCAUAAUACAUAUAAAUAUGGAAAAUUAGACAUUGAAUAUCAUAAAUGUAAGAAAUGUAAAUUUAUACCUUUUUUUUUAACCACCCUAUGUACCUGGAUACGACUAUACAACUGUCUAAAAAAUAUAUUUUUAAUCCAUACCUAAAUACUGUCUCUUGACUUUUUGAAAAUAUUUUGGAAAUAUUUUGCGCAUUAUAUAUGAGAAAUUACGGUACAUCAACCCUCACCCCCCAUUAACUGCCAGUUUCACUGCCUUUUUGACAGCAUCAUGAUGAAUUUCAACAGGUGAUAAGCUUUUGUAGUCAUGGCUACAGUUUUUUUUUUCCAAAAUGCAUUUAGUUCCUUUAAAUUACAUUAUGAAAGGAAAACGUGAGCUCGGCAAAUAUGCAGGACCGCCAAUGGGCAAGGGUGUAAUGUACAAUGUUUUACUGCGGUAGUCUGACAUGGUGCAAUUGUGAAGGAGCAAAUUUGUCUUGUAGUCUGAUCCGGGCAUUACAAGUUGGCCAUCAGAUAUUUACUGUACCAUGUGAAAAGACACAUUACAAAGCUAAAAAAUAAACUUACAUUUGGAUUCAAAUAUACCGUGUACGUUGGUGACGCCAAGUAAAUGUCUUUUACAGAGCCGAUCAAUGACAUCAUUGAUCAGACUGGCGAAUUAUGACAAAGGGCAAUCAGCUGAUCAGCAUAAAAUGCUAAUUAUCAUCUGAUACCAAUCAGGUUGAUAUCGGUACACACAAACACAUUAGUACAGUGCAAGAAAGUUCUUUUAAAAGUCUAAAUUCUCUUGAGUUUUUGACCUGUAUUUAUACACAUUGACACUUGGUGCUGACUUCUCUCAGCAACUUUUUCCAUUUGUGGGCAGUACAGCAGCUAAAACCUGCUUCACCAUUCUUGCUUUGGAUUCUAAGAUGUAUUUGACCUGAGUCUGUAGAUCCCAGACCUGUAGCAGAAAUGUGUCUUCUUAAGAUGACAGGGAGCCAUUGUAGAUACUUUAGAAUUGGAUUAAUAUAUUCUAGUCAGAACCCAAGCUGCAGCAUUGUGAAUGAGCGGCAGCUGUUUAAUACUCUCUUAGGUGGAGUCCAGUCAGAAGACCAUUACAAUAGUCAAGUCUACUUGAGAUAAAGCAUGGAUGAGCUUUCUCCUGGUCUAUUUGGCAAAUGCAAGCCUUCAUUCUGGAUGAGUUCUUUAGAUGGUAUAAGGCUGUAUUUGAUUAGGAAUGGGAUGUCACUUCAAUUCAUGAGUCAAGGCAGGUAGGGGAAUACUUUGGGCAAUAUAGUGGAUGCGUAUUAUAUUAAACAGUUUACUUGGUCCAAUACCAUUAACAGAGAAAAAGCACAAUUUAUGUAACAAAAAAAAAACAUUUCCAAACAAGUAAGCGUUGACAUAAGUCACUCAUAUUUCAUUUGCAAUGUUAAAAUUUGAAAUCACUUGUGUCCAAAUGGCACAAAUGGACUUAGCCCAGCAUCUCCUCGUGGUCCCCUAAAGUUUGAGAACUCGAAUCUUCUACUCCUUCCUCCACGUGUCAUUCCAGUGUGUAUGUGCAUUUCUUAUUUGUUUGGCUGAAGAUGAUUGUCAACGCUUAUGCAAUCCUUUUGGAAGUCAUUUUAAUCAUUUUCACAAACCAGUUGGACUGCCCCCCCCACCACCCCUUUUGAGAAAAAAACAAAGUGCCACAUAAAACUCUAUACAAAAUGUUGCAAAGCGCAUCAUCACUUUCUGUACGUAUGCCCACGUCUUCAUGCUACAAAAUUACUUUUUCAUUGUUGAUUUUUUUUUUAUGCUCUAGCUAGCAAUAUGUACAUAAAUCUAUUCUAUGUGCUAACAUGGAGGAAAUAAAUGUAUUAAAAAGUUC